AGGCAAACAAGCCUGUCGUAGCCACGCAAAACACAAAUACGUUUCCUUGUUGGAGGCAACGGUCCACAAAGGAGAAGUCAGAAGAAACUGUUUCAAAGGAGAGUUACCCUUCUUGCUUGCUUGCUUUGACCGGAUCUGAAAAGGCACAUAAAUACUGUAUGUCAUUAUGACAUGCCGGGAGUUCUGUGUCCGUCGCCGCAGACUAUUAGUUAUAUGCGGCAGUAUUUUGAUUCUUGUAGCAAUAGUAUUGGUUGUUGUAAUGUAUGUGAAAUAUGGUGUAGAUGACGACACCAAAGGAACCACAAAGAACUUGAAAACUAUUGUUAUUGAAAGAUGUAGGGAGUAUAUAAGGGCAGUUAGUCAAAUGCCAAGUAGCAACAACUGUGACGCAAUCUGGGAGGGAUUCCAGAAUUCAUUCCUUGGUAAGGACCCGUGCAAAGUCAAUGUGGAAGACUAUGACCCGUUUAUCAGAACAGUGCAGCAGGAUAUACCUUGUAAUAAGUCCCUGUUCUGGAGCAAGACAAGUCAGAUAGCUCACGACUUCACUAAAGCUACAAAGUGUUUCAUGACUUUGGAAGACACUCUUCUUGGGCACAUGAUGGAUGGCCUGAAGUGGUGUGGCCAACUACACAGUAAAGAAUUUAAUUAUACUUCCUGUCCAGGAUGGAAUGAGUGUGAAUUUAACCCAGUCAGGUCAUUUUGGAGAAGGGCAUCAGCACAUUUUGCUGAAUUAGCUUGUGGCAAUGUCAUGGUGAUGUUAAAUGGAUCCAUUGACAGUCCUUUCAAUAAACAAAGCAUUUUUGGAAGUGUUGAGAUCAAGAAGUUUGAUCCAGAGAAGAUCAGUUACGUCAGCAUAAGGGUGAUGGACAGCCUACAAGACAGGACCUCAUGUAACAGCAUUUCAUUACAAGACUUGGGCAGAAUCUUGAAUAACUCCAGGUUGGAUUUUGAUUGUAAGGACAUUGACAAGUCUGAGAUUCUACAGUGUAUUAAUGACCCCAUCUCUCAAUCCUGUGAUUGUGUCAACUGGAACUAAUUAAGUAACUAUGUAUUGCUGAUGGAAUGGCUCUGACUUUCAAGUUUAGUUUUUUACUUUAACUAUUUAUUAUUAGAUUUUUUUUUUAAAACAGCGCUUUGCAGAACACUCAUUUGUGUAAUGAUUUGUGACAAUCCUGUUUUUGGAAUGUCUAUACAGUUUAAUAAAGCCAGCGAUUUAGCUUUUUAUGUAACAGUUAAUCUUGUUUUUCACAUACAUGUUCUGUGUACUGUACUGUUCAAAUGUAACAGGGAAGUUGGAAAAAAAUGUGGUAUGGUUACUAAAAGCCAUGGCUACAUCUUUAGCUUUUGGGAGGCUGUUGAAAUGUGUCCACUUUGUCAAAGCAUUAAGUACUGUUGUUUAAAAAUAUACUCAGACUUUUUUUUUUCAGAAUUGGAUUUCUGUUUUACUUUUUUUACUUUUAAGAAAUAAUCAUCAUAAUUGUAAUCGAGUGAACAGUUUUUCCCCAUGAUUUUUAUUAAUCAAUUUUGAAUGUCCAAUUACUUUCCCCUCACCUCAACAAUGACCCACAAAAGCUCAGGAGAACGGAAGGUCAGUGGGCAUCCUUCGAUCCCACGACCAAGCCAGUUGCCUACUUACACCCAGGAACACGCAAGUGGAUGUCUCCAAGCUACCAGCCUCUGGAGGACAAAGGCCAGCCCUUCAGGUGUCCUCUUUAUCUUUCCAGGCAUUUGGGCAGUAUGGUCCACUGUGUGUAUGUUUAGACAGAAUGUGAUUAUUGUAGUUGCAGUAAUACAGAAGCCACAAGGUGGCACUGCAGAGCUAAUUUACAUGGCUAGUAAUGGUUUCAUCAUUUGAAGGUUCCCAUUUUGGCAUUUUCUUUUUAUUUAUUUUAAAUCUGAGGAUUGCUCCUUUUGUUAGGGGUCUGCAUUACUGUGAUUGACAGUAAUUGAAUCCAUAACAUCAUCAAUAUUUAGUCCUUUUGUUCGAUUGGAAUUUAUGGAAAGUACAGUAAUGGGAGUUCACUAGUAUGUGAAUCUCCACUGCUGUUUCUUAAGUAGUUAUUUAUUCGUCACUGACUGAUGAACUAACCAGUAAUGUCACAGCAAUGGUGGCAAGCUUUUAUCAAUGACAGCAUCUUGAUAUGGUCAGAGCAUGAUGGAAAAUUCAAGCGUGGAGUUAACAACAUUCUGUUGAUUUUUUUCAUUCAAGAAGACUGCUAGCAGGGGCUAAGGUACAUUUUGGGGAAGCUUCAGCCCGCCCUGAACAAUGAAUGACAUCCUGUUGCAUCGGAAUUGAUGCUUUAUGAAAUUGUUUGUUCUUCUUCAAUAAUAUUAAAAAUACAAGCUUGAUGCACAAAGAUACUUAAACAUGUUUUGCAAUCCUAAAUCAAGACAAUCAAGAGCAAAUUAUGCAAUUUGCAUGUAUUUCAGUUGCCAGGCCUUAUAAACUGCUACUGAAUUGAUCCAUUGUUUUCUUUUAGCCCCAGGAAAAAAAUAAUUAAUUGGUAGAGAGUAUUUUGUCAUGUCGCUGGCUGAGAGCCAUAGUUUUGAGAUAUGCUUUGAUAGUCAUAAUCAUAUAAACCUACUGAGUUCUGUCUUUCUUCUCAUGGUGAUGCUGAAGACAGCGAGACAGAACUGAGAUUCAAAUCCUGAUUUUUCCAGACACUUUUUACCAGAUCUGGUUUUAGAUGUUAAAAAAAAUGUUUUUAGGAAUUUUAAUCUCUUCCCAUUGCGUCCUGUCUGUAACUAAUUCUGUAGCUGGUUCGGACUCUUUUCCACUGUACAACCGAGAUGUGCCCAUUUAAGGAUAAAAGAAAAAAACAAACAAAAAAAAGAAGCUGCGCGAGAGCAAUGAGAGCUGUAGUUGUAUGCAUGGUACAGCUGUACAGUAUUUUGUUUGACAAUAUUUUUGUAAAUAAGUUUAGAAUUGUUUUAUUUUCCGCAUUUUUUUUCUUUAAUAUAAUAAAGGUCAAAGAUGAGAAAUUUGGUAGAAUUGUGUGUUUUUGAGUGUGUAAAUUAAGUGUACCGUACCCACGGUUUAUGUCUAUUUGCUUAAAAUCAUCAGAAAUUAGGGCAUAAACUUUCUCAUUUCUGACGCACGACUCCAGAUCUUCCUGAACACUUCUAUCUGCCCUCAGAAAAACUAGAGUCUGCACUUCCUCAGCGUCCAAAGGCUGUACUUUUCUCUCAUCACACUCACUGCCCACCAUGUUUUUUUGUUUUUUUUUCGUUUUUUUUCUGGAGUGUACCGACUGAUGCAACGUAAUAACGAAAUUCCUUAACCCCGCCCGUUGCCUGGCUUGGCUCAGAGCCAGAUUCAGAUGUCUUUUGUCAUGGGUGACCUCGAACCAGUUAUUAUGUGUAGUAAGAAAUUGGAUUCUUUUGCAUGGAGAAUUUCAGUGGCUAGAGUUCACGGCUCCUCGAUUGAUUCAGAUUCAGUUGUAUUAAGUCUGCCCACUAAUAAUGUAGAGCAAAAUAGGUAUUGUGGUGUUUGCAGAGCCGACCCGAGCUGAACCCAAGACAGAAGUGGAGUCCUGCUGGGAACGAGCUGAAACAUUGGACAUGGACUGGAUGAUUUAAAAAUGAAAUGUAUUAAUGAGAUGAUAUGUGCUGUAACCAUUUGUAAUGUUUGAAUAAUCUUUAGUCUGUAACAAAUACUGUAAAGUACUCGCUCUCUCUGUAAGACCGUAUAACAGAAUCUGGUACAACUUGAUACACUGGCCGGCCUUGAGCAGUCUCUUAUUAAAAUUGGCACGAUUCCCAGAAUUUAGUGCUGAAAUCUCUGUUAAGACUUUUCAGCUUGACUACAGAAUAAUGCUGUACUAAUAGAUGUAUGUUAAUAUGCUUGUUUUAAAUGGUAUAGAUUGCUGUGGUAACAUAUAAUCAUAGGUAGUGAUAAUUAUUGUUAGUAUGAAAUACUAUGAACAAUUUUUAUGUAUAAGAUCAUAUGAUUCACUUUGCUUAAUAUGAUAGCAUACCUGAAGCUGUUUUCUAUCAAGAUGAGCAUAGUUAAAAACUGAGUCCUAAUUCAAUGAAAAGAAUUACUGUGUGCUUACAUUCAAGAAUUAUAACUUCUGAAUAUAAAGGGAAAGGAGUUAGGAGUAUUCUUAAGGGAAAGAGAAAAACAGAAAAGGAUUAAAAGACCUCGCUUUGAGUAGGUUUCUGCUUGUAAUUCAGUUUUAAAAUAAGUAGGUGAGUAAGAACAACCUAAAAUAAAAGCAGACUAUAACUUAAGAAAAAUAAGCAUUGUCAGAAGAUACACCACAAAUAGAGAGCAGAAAAAUUGAAUAAAAUCCUAUUGUAAUAUUGCGGAUAUACUGCUGCGAGCAGAAAGUAAUAAGGUUAGCAGCCAUACGCUAUAAGAAGUAAUGUACUAGUUUGACUCUGAAGUUAAAAGACGCAGCAUAAAAAGAUGUUGUGUUUAAAAUACAAAAUAAAAAGAUUGAAAAAAUAUUGAAGAAUAACUUUAUAAGCAAAAGAUAGGCUUUGGAAAAGUAACCUGCUUUAUUGAACUUUCUACAAGCCUGCCCUUGGAGGGAUCAGUGCUUGAGGCCAAGAGGUCUUCAUUGGCAAGAGAAGCGGGGAUUCUCUUAUCAGGAAUUUACGGUGUCAAGGCUAGAAGUAUUUUUCAAUUUAUUAAACUUGUCAAGAAAAGAGGUGUCUCCAGCAAGCUGGUUUUAGCCAGUAUGUGUAUAGCUGAAACAUACAGGGUCAUCUGGAUGUCAAUUAAGUUCAAGC